CUCUCACUAUUUUUAGCUUCUUAUUUGUUUAGGCUUCUCUAUCUUUAUUUUUAUUUUAAUUUUUAAUUUUUUUUUUUCGAAGUUUGCAAUGAUUGGGAAUUGGAGUUGUUAAUUUUAUCUAAUUCAGUUAAGAUUGUGGGUUUUAUGCUAUUCUGCAAUGUGGGAAUUUUAAUUAUAAUUGGUACUUUCUUGGAUAAAGAUAGAGAAAAGAAUAUAAUGGCAUGUUUGGGUUUCUUCUUCUAUUUCUUGCUUUUGUGUCUGAUCGUGUGCGUGAGGUGUUUGUUAAAAUGUCAAGCUGAAGAUGCUCAUCUGCAUAAUGAAAUGGUGGGUCUUGACAAUGAUUUGGGAAAGGCCUUUGUUUUUUGUUUCAUUAUCAAAUCAAACCAAACCAAAGCAAGCUUGGUGUCCCUAUCAUGUUUCAACUAAUUGUUAACUGCCCAACUGUAUGGUGAUUCUCUCUCUCAGCUGAGAGUUGUUGGCAGAAAAGUAGUUCCCUCCCGCCGAUGCUAGUAAAGAUCCUUCCAUGGUGUCAUUCAAGACGUCAAACCCUAACCCUACACUCAAGCAUCCCCUUUCAUGAUGUAACCCAGCCAACAAUCCUCUGUAUCUCUCGUUUUUUAAGCCAAUCUAAAUCCCAAAAUGAAGAUACCUAUGACCCUCCUUUUUCAUUCACCUCCAAAACCCUAAAACCCAAUAACAAGAACAAGGAAAAGAAGCAAGGGAAUAGUCAAAACAAAGCUUCAUCGAAAUCCGAGAGAGACUUGGACUUUCCAUUGAAAUCAACUCUACCCUUCAAUUUUAGAUACUCAUACUCUGAGACUAACCCUUCGAUUGAGCCCAUUGGGUACCGUGAACCACCGAGAUUCUCUCCCUUUGGACCUGGACGGCUUGACCGGAAAUGGACCGGCACUUGUGCUCUGGCCAAAGAAGCAGUUGAUUUGCUAAAGUUAGAAGAACAACGACGUGAGGUUCUUGGAGAACCACUAUCCAAAGAAGAAGUCGCUGCGCUUGUGGAACGGUUUCGUCAUAACGAUUGUUCUCGACAGAUUAAUUUGGGGAAGGGGGGUGUUACUCACAACAUGCUCGAAGACAUCCACAACCACUGGAAGCGGGCUGAAGCUGUGAGGAUCAAGUGCUUGGGUGUGCCAACUCUUGACAUGGAUAAUGUUUGCUUCCAGCUUGAGGACAAAACUGGUGGGAACAUUAUCUACCGCCACAUAAAUAUCCUUCUAUUGUAUCGGGGUCGAAACUAUGACUUUAAAAAGAGACCAGUUAUUCCUUUGAUGUUGUGGAAGCCGUAUGCGCCAAUAUAUCCAAAGCUUGUGAAGAAUGUUGCUGAUGGUCUCACAUUUGAAGAAACGAAGGAAAUGAGAAAUAGAGGACUGAACUCUCCUCCUCUAAUGAAACUUACCAGGAAUGGUGUUUAUGUGAAUGUAGUGGAGAGAGUGAGGGAAGCAUUUCAGACCGAAGAAGUUGUACGACUGGACUGCACUCAUGUGGGUUUAAGUGACUGCAAGAAGAUCGGUGUGAAGUUACGGGAUUUGGUACCGUGUGUCCCUAUCUUGUUCAAGGAUGAUCAGAUUAUCCUUUGGAGGGGCAAGGAAGAGUUGGAACGGGACUCGAGCUCAUUGAUAGAACCUACCACAGAUGCUAGAUGAGCGGUUAGUAACUUGUGAUACAGUUCUACCUGUAGUUAAUUUGCCUCAUCCGAUGACUCAAGUUGGUUGACAUAAGGAUGCAAAUAUCUGUGGCUGAUUUCUACCUUCACCAGUAAUCGUAGUUUCUGAUGCAAACAAAAGUUGCUUAGCCAACCCUCUGAACCGUCGACGGUGAUAUGACACUCAAAUGCAAAUAGAUUGAUGAGGAGAUCAGUUUUGCACUUGGUAUCACAGCAAUUAUGCUGCUAAGAAAGAAUCAGGAUCCCCUCCUUCCAUUUCUUCCUUACAUUUCCUACUUACAGGCCCAUUGGGCCUACUUUUAGGCCCAAUUUUGAUAAUCCGAACCAUUCAUAUUUUAAGAUUUGUUCAGUAUAUCAUACCUGUAAAAAAUCAAGUUGAUCG